UGUCAGAUACAUAUUUAUGUAUUUUGUAUUUAUUACGUGUUUAUUACUACAUAAUUAUUUAUUAGUAUUUAUGCGAAUUGUGAUUACUUUUUGAUAUGUGAUAUUGAUGUUUUCUCUUUGCUCGUUUUCUACUACAUUAAUCUCAGUUUUUAUUUUACCCUAUUCCUAUUUAAUUUCUAAACUUGUACAUCAUAGAAAACGUGAUAGAAAAAUAGAAAUAAUAACUUAAGAUAUGGCUUCCCUUAUAGCUACUCAUUCGAAGAGUGUAAUAACUGUAAAUGAACAUCAUGUGUUCACAACACCUGUGAAAUUAGUAAAAACUGUUGAUGAUAUGCAAAAAUGGGAUAAAUCAGAAGCUUAUUUUGAAUAUUUGGGCUUUAUUUAUGCUAUAAAUGAUGCAAUUCAAGGAAAAAGCAACUCGCAAGGGUCAAUAGCUGCCUCAACAAAUGUAGAACGGAUUGUAGCUCUGCUUGAUACUUUGGAGAAAUGGAUUGAUGAAAUUCCUCCUAUACAACAACCUCAACGAUUUGGUAAUGCUGCUUUUAAAAUGUGGUAUAAUAAACUAAAAGAGGAAGCCAUAGAAUUAUUGCAAAAAGUACUUCCAGUUAACAUUUAUAGAGCAAUUCCUGAAAUUAUGGUGUAUUUAGAAGAAGGUUUUGGUAAUGCUAUUAGAAUUGAUUAUGGUACAGGUCAUGAGAUAUCAUUUGUGAUGUUUCUAUGCUCUUUAUAUAAAAUUGGGUUUUUAGAAGAAAAUGACUUUACUGCAACUGCAACCAAGGUUUUUGUCAAGUAUUUAAAUUUAGUAAGAAAUUUACAACAAACUUAUCGAAUGGAGCCUGCAGGAAGCCAUGGAGUAUGGAGCUUGGAUGAUUAUCAAUUUGUUCCAUUUAUUUGGGGGAGUUCACAAUUAAUAGCUCAUCCAAAACUCGACCCAACCUCGUUUUUGAAACCUGAUAUUGUUGAUAGCUAUUGUAAUGAAUUUUUAUUCAUGAGUUGUAUAAAGUAUAUAAACCAAGUAAAAUCAGGACCAUUUGCUGAACAUUCCAACCAACUUUGGAGCAUUAGUGGAGUCUCAAGCUGGUCAAAAAUAAAUGGUGGACUUAUUAAAAUGUAUAAAGCAGAGGUUCUGUGCAAAUUUCCAUUAGUUCAACAUAUAGUAUUCGGCUCUUUGUUUACACUGAAGCCAGCUCAAAUUGGAGCAAGUAUUCGUAGACCAGGACAAGCUGAGUCUUCUCCGCCAGUAACAACUUUCCAGAAACCUUCAGUUACCACACUUCCCGAGGUCCAAACAUCACGAAGUACAGAAGGGUCGACCGAGAAAGUAAACGAGUAGCUAAUUAUAUACUUUGCAUUUUAUUUAUAAGGUUGUUUAAUUUAUAAUUUGUAACAAUAAAGAAUGUGAUUGAAUAUGUAUACUAAAAG